AUGAGCCAGCGCAAGAUCGAUAUUUCUCAGCUCGAGCCCCAGCAGCUUUUGGAAAUCAGAAAAUCCACGGAACAGGAAAUCCAGCAUUUCACUCAAUCGCUCCAGGCUUUGCAGACGGCCCAGUCGAAGCUCCAAGAUUGCGUCAACACCAUCGACAACAUGGAGUCCUCAAAGGGUGAAGACUUGCUUGUGCCAAUGACGGCAUCUUUGUACUUGCCUGGAAAAAUCGCUCAAAAGGAUAGGUAUUUGGUGGAUAUUGGAACAGGCUACUUUGUGGAGAAAGAUGCUCAGAGCGCCAGGAAGGUGUACCAGAAGAAGCUUAGCAAAUUGGGGGACGACGCGAAGAAGUUGAAAGAGAUCUUGGUUCAGAAGAACGAGAUUUUAAAUAAUGUGACGUUAGUCUUGAGAAAGAAAGUGAUGGAGCUGCAACAGCAGCAGGAGGGACAGAAGUAA